UCUCGUUCUUGGUCCAGGUCAACUCGGCCAUGGCCGUGCAUGCUUGUAACUUCUUCAAAGCUUCGUCAAUCUUCUCUCGGAAGUGUAAGCUAGCGCCAAGCUCCCUCGGCCGCUCUAUAAAUACUCUCAAAAUCCCAUUCCAUUCGGCUAGCAUGAUCCGAACAUAUGCGUGCAUUGUGGCAUGCUAUUGUACCAGCAAGAAAUCGAACCAAGGAGUACUUGAGGAACAUUUUUAGAAGGAAAGAGUCCAACAACUGCACUUGGGGCAAGAAUUCCUGGAAUCUUUGGUGUGAGGACGAUGGCUACUGGUAGUGAUACGUUCACCACGCCGGGCUUCCGGUUCUAUCCGACAGAGGAGGAGCUGCUUACCUUCUACCUCCGCCACCGCCUCGCCGGCACGAGGCCCGACGUCGAGCGGUUCAUCCCCGUCGUCGACGUCUACAGCUACCGUCCUUGCCAACUCCAGUCGAUGGCCGGAGCGGCGAACGUGCAUGACAAGGAGCAGUGGUUUUUCUUCUGCCCGCGCGCGGAGAGGGAGGCGCACGGCGGCAGGCCGGCGCGCACCACGCCGUCCGGGUACUGGAAGGCCACGGGGUCGCCGUCCUGCGUGUUCUCCUCGUCGUCCAACAAGGUGAUAGGGGUCAAGAGGACCAUGGUGUUCUACGAGGGCCGCGCGCCCACGGGCAACAAGACCAAGUGGAAGAUGAACGAGUACAAGGCCCUCGCCGAGCCCGCCGCCGCCACGGCGCCGACGGCACCUCUCAGGCUGAGGAACGAGUUCAGUGUGUGCCGGGUGUACAUCAGCACGGGCACGCUGAGGUCCUUCGAUCGCCGCCCCCUCAACCCGCCCGUGCACGAUCAAGCUGUCCACCACCACCAACAACAAGAAGUACUACAACCACCGGCGGCGAGCACGAAUUUCCAACUCGCCGCGGACAUCGUCGUCGUUGCCGAUGGACAAGCGGAGAACUCUCACGACAGCUCCUCGUCCGGAUCAAGAGGAGCCAUCGUCGACGGAGCUGAGGAAGGUCCCAUCGACUGGAACUCACUGAUCACUCCCGAUGAUUUCAGUUUCCUUUUCUGAUGAUAUCAGUUUCAGCGUCGAUGACUUUAGAUCUGCUUUCAAGGCAUGGCCGUAAAUUCGACACACCUGGUGCGUACAUUAAAUUAAUGCCAGAGAACAAAAUAGGAUCAGUAGCAUAAUUAAGAAGGUAGGGUACGAGCUAAACUGAGAGGAAAUUUACGCAGAAGCUCAGCACUUCGGUGCUACUAAUGUCCUAGAUUGAUCUGGAGAAGAACGUAUAUUAUAUUGACCAGUUUGGCGUGUAUAAAUAUUCAGUAUAGGAGUGACUUAUGAACGCAGAACCAAGGCUCAAAUCAGAGAAAAGUUUUAAGGGAUAUGAAGGGGUUCAGAUCAACAUGAUUAGCGGUGUAUGUUUGUAAAAGAAAAUUUGGAAUUUCAAAACUUGAGAGAUGCGUGCAUGCGU